AUAGCGACACGGAUGUUGGGACUGGAAUACACAUGUGCAUGCAGAAUAUGCAGCGUUUGACACAGCGGAGGCAGAUAAGCGCGGGACGUCGCACCACUCUACUACACCGAGACUCAUCCAUUAAUCAUUCUUAAAAAGAUAAUUUAUAGUUUAUUUGAACAUUUUAAAGAAGAUGACCUAGAAGCCACCACUCCUGAGUAAAGCAGAUGUGGACAUCAUCCCCUGUGUGCGUAGCUACAUAACAGAGCUCCACCUACUCCCGAGUCAGCCUGCCCGACAUGGAGGGCCACGUCUCCCUGCCGCUCACCUUGCUGCUGCUGCUCCUCUGUAGCCUGCCAGGGGUCUGCGGGUUCCCCUUCGGCCCUGUCCUUGACCUGGACGUCACCCCCCGAACCACCAUAUUCUCCCAAGGUCUGUUGGGUUGCCAGCGCUUUAGCAGCCGGUCUCAGAACUACAGCAUACUGCUACUGGAGGAGGACAAUGGGGUGCUGUACGUCGGGGCCAGAGGGGCGCUCUAUGCCCUGGACACCGCCAAUGUUUCCAAACCUGGCAACCCCAAGAUUGAUUGGGAAGCUUCAGCAGAGCAGAAGAAGCAGUGUCUCAACAAAGGAAAAAACAAUCAGACAGAGUGUUACAAUCACAUUCGCCUCCUGCAGAGGUAUAAUGAGACCCACCUGUACGUCUGUGGCACCCACGCCUUCAGGCCUCUCUGUGCUUACAUAGACGUGGAGCACUUCAAUUUCUCGUCCGGCUUCGAGGAGGGCCGGGACAGGUGUCCCUACGACCCGGCCAAGGGCUACGCUGGACUUAUUGUGGACGGUGAGAUGUUCUCAGCCUCCCAGUAUGAGUUCCGCAGCUCCCCAGACAUUCGUCGGAACUUUCCCUUCCCGACUCUUAGGACCGAGGAGGCCCCCACCCGGUGGCUGCUGGAGGCAGACUUUGUGGGCUCUGCGCUGCUGAAGGAGAGCACCAACAGCUCGGUGGGCGACGAUGACAAGAUCUACUUCUUCUUCACGGAGAGGAGCCAGGAACAGAUGGCCUACCCCAGCCAGACAAGGGUCGCCCGGGUGGCACGCGUCUGCAAGGGUGACUGGGGCGGCCAGAGGACCUUGCAGAGGAAGUGGACGUCCUUCUUGAAAGCUAGACUGGUGUGCUCCGUCCCUGACUACGAGCUCCAGCUCAAUGUGCUGCGCAGUGUCUUUGUUCUGCAGGGCCCAGAUGUCCACAACUCAGUCUUCUAUGGGGUCUUUGGCCUGGAAUGGAAAAACAUCAAGGCCUCUGCGGUGUGCCAGUACUCGUUCGCGGACAUGCAGCGGGCCUUCGAGGGGCCCUACAUGGAGGUGCAUGAUUCUAAAUGGAGGGAGUAUACGGGGAAGGUACCAGAACCGAGGCCCGGCUCGUGCAUUACAGACGUGCACCGGUCAAAAGGCAUCAAUUCGUCCCGCGACCUCCCGGACAACGUGCUGACAUUUGCGAGGCGACACCCCCUGAUGUCCACGCAGGUGCACCCCGUCGGAGGGCGCCCCCUGCUGUUCAAGAGGAGUGUCAACUAUGUCAAGAUGGCCGUGCACCGGGUGGAAGCUCUGGACGGACUCGUCUACACCGUGCUCUUCCUGGGGACGGACGAGGGCUGGCUGCACCGGGCAGUGGAGGUCAGAGGUCAAAUGCACAUCAUAGAGGAGCUGCAGCUGUUCGAGAGGCCUCAGCCUGUGGACAGCAUGGUCAUCUCCCAGAGACAGAGAAGUUUGUUUGUGGGCUCCAGCUCAGCGGUGCUCCGGGUCCCCCUGUCCUCGUGCCGGCGCUACACGUCCUGUUUCGACUGCGUGCUCUCCCGUGACCCUUUCUGUGGCUGGGACGGGGCUCUGUGUGUGGACAUUUCCUCGCUCACAAACAGGUCCAGUCUCAUCCAGGACGUGCAGAGAGGGAACCGAGGCUGUAGCAACAGCCUGGGAGCUGUGGCCGAGCGACGGCGCUCGGUGAUGUCCGGGGACGACGUCCUCCUGCAGUGCGAGCUGCGCUCCAACCUGGCCGUUCCGCGCUGGACCCUGGACGGCCGCGAGCUCCAGGGCUACGGCCUGGACUCGGGCCACCGCGUGGGCACCGACGGCUUGCUGCUCAUCGGCGCCCGGCCGGAGCAGAGUGGAGAGUACCGGUGCUACGCCGCGGAGAAGGACGUGUGGGCGCUGGUGAGGACGUACAGCGUGAGGGUGCAACCGGACCCGCCCCUCUCCGUGGUGCCCACGUCCCCCACGGACACCCCGUCCGCCACCAGCACCACGGCAACCCUCUCCGUUUCAACGGGCGGCCCCACCGAGCGCCCCCUGCCCUCCCCACCCGCUCCUCUCCCCCCCGGGCCCGAGUUCCGGACCUAUAGGCGCAUGGAGGCCAUGUACAUCUCCCUGGUGGCCGUGCUGAGCGGCCUGUGCCUGGUUCUAACCGUGGUGCUGCUCUACGUCAGCUUCUGCACGCGGGGCGCCUACCAGCGCCGCAAGUACUCCCAGCAGGGGCAGGCAGAGCCGGGGGCUGGACGUCUGGAGCUCAAGACCAUCUCCAGCCACUGUAACGGCCGUCAGGACAGCAGGCGCGGCGCCCGCCGCUCCCUGUCGGCGUCCAACAUGGACCAACUGGGCGACAGCUUCCUUCAGAUCGUCCCCGGGGGCGGGUCGCCCGGCAAGUCUCCGCCCCCUCCGGCCCCGCCGCUCCCGCCCCCCCUGCCCUGCUCGGAGUACGCAUCGUCGGAGUACACCAACGGGAUGUCGGCGACGCUACCCAGCGUCCUUCGCAAAAUGAACGGCAACAGCUACGUCCUGCUGAGGCAACAGGCAGACCCGGAAGGAAGCACAUCGGCUCUGUACCACUCGUUCACCGAGGAGCUCAACCGCAUCCUGGAAAAGAGGAAGCACAUACAACUGGACCCCCAGCCGCCCGACGAGAGCUCCGUCUAGCCCCCUGUUCACACGCCAUAGAUUUCUUGGUUUAACCCAUUACACAAGAUCGCCCCCUAGAGGCCUGGAGGUCUAACUAUUGCAUAUAGUAAUACUACUGUUCUACUAAUGUGGGUGUAUUCAUAUCUGAAACCCAAUGUGCAGCUUCCGCGACUCAAAAAAAGUGGCCAAAAUACAGGAAUUUCUCUACUGAUCAUCAGAGAAAAGAGGACUUUACCCGAAACUUGAGCUGUUGUGAAUAUAGUCAUAGUAUCCAUUGUGGAAAUACUGUACAAUGACAUCAACCCUUUGACAGCCUCUCAAGGACUUGAGGUCACACAAGUUAGUAACAAUCCUACCUCAGAUCCCGACCGUAUUGGGGAAGCUGGUCGUCAAGGUUAUGGGCAGGGCUGGUCUGGUCGUCUGACACGCUGGCACCGAGUACGGCGGUGCAUCGGAGGCCACGCGAGUCCAGGCCAAUGACCUUGAAGUAAGGUGGUGAUGAGGAAACGUGAGGCUGUGAGGAACUAUCAAUGCCUGUAGGCAAACUUCAAAACUAUCGAGUUUCAAAAACCAUGGCCAUUAUAGUUUGGUGCAAUAUGAAAGCCCCCAGAUCUCCAAUAAGUGAGUGCAGGUGGUUGGACAAAUUAUACAUUUCAAUUGUAAUUUAAUAUACCACACAUUAAUCUUUAUUUUCUUUUGUUCUCGUGUAAAUAGUAAUAGUUUCGCUGUGCCGGCCGUCUGUAGCAACCUGACUACGGCAAUUUAAAUGGUUGUAGCAAUGCCAGAUUUACAAAUGACUUUCUAGUGACUUUGUGUUGUUAGCACCUGAGUGUGUCACUGGAAAAAGAGCAGGUUCAUGGAUAGAUGGGAUGUUUGACCUGAGCUUGGCUGGAUAAAGACUAUCAUAAAACAAUGAAGACCAUCAACGAGGACUUCUCUGUUUAGAUCGAUCAGAGAAAAAUGUAUCUGUUAUAAUGAGGGUGGUAACAGUGAAGAUGGAGAUACCUGAUUGGUGGAGAUGAGUCCAACAAGAGACCAGAAACCACAGACGAGAUGAAGUAGCUGGUGAAGGGAAGGAGUAUGUGAGGACAUGACGAUCGGAGCCAGUGACUACUGGAAACACAUGGAAGGACAGUCAGUGGGACCAUCUCCCUGGAAUGCUGGUGUACAGUUCUCUACUCAUGGUUAAAUGGCAAACUUGCCGGCUGUCUCUCCUCUACCACCAGACUGCACGGCUGCUUAGCAUUGUGGAACACUGCUUUCAACAAACGCAGCCUUUCUGGUUUCAUACUGACGUUGAAGCACUCAAGUGGAAGCUGUAACAUCGAUGACACCUAGUACACAGCAGCGUUUCCUCAGCGACACAGCCCCGGGACAAACACACCCAAUUCAGCUAGUCGAGGGCCUGGUAAUUAGUUGAUCAGUUGAAUCAGGCGUGCUUUUACGCAGGUACUGCAAAGAUUUGUAAUGCUUGGGGGUAUUCGCAGUUGAGCCACAUUGGCAUACAGAGUACAUUUGACUAAAAGAUGAAUUUGCACUAUAUAUUUUCUUGCUCUGCACGUAGAGAUUCAGUAUAGCCUGGUAAAGUUUUACAUUCAUGUCGUACUUGUGUUGUUGUUUUCUGGGCUUGAUAUGGAAGGACUAGUACUUACCACCUACUUGGUGUUCAAUCAGCCGUGUAGCAUCUGCCUUGACAUGUUUCAUUCUUUGGGCUUUAGACCACUUGAGAAAUUAUUAUAUUUAUAACAAAAGUGAUGUUGCGUAUUUGUUUUUGCCAUGUGUCAUUGUUUUUUCCGCAGCCAUGUGUAAAGAAAAAAGAUUUUGCAUCAGUCAGAUAGACUUGGUAUAAUCCUGCAUGUCAACACCUGAAGGGGAAGUCAGCACGGAACCUGGGUUAUGCAAAACGUGUUCAAACUGAGGCCCUUUUGUCUCCACAGCACAAUGCCCAGUGGUACUGCUGCUAGGUGAUAAUGAUAAUCUAGGCCUUCAUCGUGUUCGUGAGGGCACGCAGUGGAAUCACUUUUAGCAUGCAAAACGGGAAUUCCCUCUAGUUCGGUCCGUCUCCUCUUGGUACAAACAAGGACAUGAACCUGUGUUCGCCAUAGCUGCUGAACGUGUCCUAACCCAAGUAGCUGACAUGCAGCGACAAGCUCUUCUCUUGGGGGUCCGGCCCAGGCUGGAAGGCCGGUGGGGGCGGGGGCAGUUUUCAGUCCUGUCUGUAACUUAGCAACAGCAAUCUUUAUUUAGUUUUUACACUAAUAGUAUGGGUUAAGUCCUGCCAGUCCUCAUCGGCCAAAGAAAAUGUGACUUCAGAAAAUGUGGCCUGGCUCUGCUGCAUGUAAUUGGUUUGAUGCAUAACAGGAUGCGAAUAGGAUUGGCCUCCCAGUUGAUUAAAAAAAAAAACUGCAGUUUUCUUGGAAUAACUAACUAGGUUGAUAACAACUUUUGCCAUACAUGAGUUGACUAGAAUGAAGCUCUUCUCCUAAGCUUCGAUUGAAUAGAUAAUAGACCAAUAUGACAGUAUUAUUGUUAAAACAUUUUUACGUAUGAGAAUUUUAACCGAUCUUGGGCUGACUACACAGCCAUAAAAGGCACUGCCAUCCACUUUGUCUACUGAACAAAUUCCCAGCAUGUGACUACAUGGUUGUCACACUGAUCACACUGCAGUCAGAGGUGCACUUCCUCUUCCUCUCCACACACUCAUCUGCAGUCGUGUCACGACAAGGACUCUUCCAGUUUGGCACAAUCUCCUUUCCCGUGGCCAGAGUCACACGCCGCCCGUCUGCAACCCAGUCAGUAUGACAAGAAAUCUUGACCACAAACACCACACCGCAACCACACCGCGGCUAUUUAAUCAGCAAUGAACACUGAAAGCAUACGGAGCAUGGCUGCAGUCAAGUCAUCGGGGACAUUAAGCGAUCGCCAUUCUCAUUUCGAUAGGAGGCUCAUAGAGGUUUUAAGGCCAUGCGAUUCUGGGUCGGCUCGCGCUGUUCAAAGGGAUUUGGCGAAUGGCAGAUACUGGAGAUGAAACUCUGUCGGGACUGUUACAAAUCCUGUCAACAUGAAACGCUGCUGUUGAUGUAAAUGUGUACAUCUGCUACCAAAUGCCAUGGACAAUAAAAACCUAUUCCUUCAACGGGUCUGCAUUGC